UGUUAACGUUCUUAUUUGCAUAUUUACACUGUCAACAACUUUGACUGGAUUAUACUGGAUCUCCUAUUACUGAGGGAAAAAGACGUGUCUGCCGUUCUGUGCCUGAGCAGGAGAUUGUUUCCACCUUGAAGAAAGAAAAUGCAAGCUGAUUUGGUGUUUUCAUCUCGACGCUCACCUGUCAUCUGUUUGAAUGGCUGUGUAGCCUCCAGUCAGCCUCUAGCAUCCAACAUUGGACUUGAUGUUCUGAAAAGGGGUGGAAAUGCUGCCGACGCUGCUGUAGCUGUGGCUGCAGCCCUAAAUGUAACAGAGCCUACAAGCACAGGCCUUGGAGGAGAUGCUUUUUGUCUCUUUUAUGACGCUGCCACCAAACAAGUGCGAGGACUUAAUGGGAGUGGAAGGAGUCCCAAAGCUCAGACUCUGGAACUGAUGGAAGGGUGUGGUUUUAGUCAGAGUAACCCACCACCUAAUUGCCAUGCCUUCAAUGUUACUGUGCCUGGAGCUGCAGCAUGCUGGUGUGACACCGUGACCUUGUUUGGAAGCAGUAAGCUGUCUUUAGCUGACCUUCUGCAACCAGCUAUAGAUCUGGCUCAGAACGGUUUCCCAGUGGCUGAGAUUACAGCGUACAUGUGGGCUAUGAAUACCAAAUCCCUGAGAGCUGCUGGGAGAGAACUGGGAGAAGAUUUACUCAUUAACAAACAGCCACCAAAACAUGGCCAGGUCAUGACCAAUCCCAACCUUGCACGCACGUUCCAGGAGCUUGCGCUUCAUGGGAGAAAGGGGUUCUAUGAGGGCAGGAUUGCCCAGGCUGUGGUUGAUGUCGUGCAAGAAAAUGGUGGUGUGAUGAGCUUGGAUGACCUCAAGAGCCACGUCACCACAGACAUCAUGCCGAUUUACACUGAUUACAAAACGGUACGAGUGUGGGAGGUCCCACCCAACAGUCAAGGGAUGGCAACUCUUAUUGCACUUAAUAUGCUUGAGAAUAUUCCUAUCAAAGGCCUGGGUCACAACAGUGCCAACUACCUGCACAUCCUGGUCGAGUCGCUGAAAUUGAGCAUGACUGACACAAUGCACUUCAGUACAGACCCAGACAAGUCGAUUGUGCCUGUGGCGGGGCUUCUUUCCAAAGAUUAUGCUCUCCAGCGUGCCCAGCUCAUCCAAAUGGACAAAGCCAGGAGUGUGUGUGAGCCCGGGAUUCCCACAGGAAGUGACACGGUGUAUUUCACAGUGGUGGACAGAGAGGGAAACGCCUGUUCCUUUGUGAACAGCAAUUACAUGGGCUUUGGCACUGGCCUUAUCCCACGAAACUGUGGCUUUUCCUUGCAAAACAGAGGUGCUAAUUUCUCUCUGGACCCCAGUCAUGUGAACUGUAUAGGUCCAGAGAAGAGGCCAUACCACACAAUAAUCCCUGCCAUGCUCACAGAUCCCUUGUCAGGGUACCUCCUCUGCUCCUUUGGGGUAAUGGGGGGCUUCAUGCAGCCUCAGGGUCAUGUGCAGGUAUUGCUCAAUAUGUUAGAGUUUGGCAUGAAUCCUCAACGUGCACUUGAUGCCCCACGUGUGUUUGUGCAGUUUGAUCAGGCUGCUCAGCUGUGGAUGCUCCAUCUGGAGGCAGGCAUAGACCGAGGUGUGGCUGAUGAGCUCAGAGAACGGGGCCAUGUGGUGAAUUGGCCAGUAGAAGGGCAUGAGCGGGACCGGUUUGGACGUGGGCAAAUUAUCAGCGUUGGAAAGUGGUGGUGGAAAUUAACAGAUGAAAAACCAGAAGAAGAAGAGAGGAUUCUGUGGGCUGGAUCUGACCCUAGGGCAGAUGGAUGUGCUGUGGGCUAUUAGCUAGAAAGUGAGAAUCAUGGGAUUAGUGGAUAACAAUUCAAAAAAUAUGAGAACCCUGAUAGCACCUAUAAUCGGAUGAACAGUGAAGUGCCAUUUUAAGACUUUUAAGACUUAAGACUUAAGAAAAAAAAUUUAAGACAAUGCAACGGUCCAUUUGCCUUCACUUCUUUUUUUUAUUAGAUAAUGCUGAAAAGCUUUACAGAUAAGUAUUUUUAAUGUUUUUAUGUGUGUGCUUUAUAUAUAUAUAUAUGUAAAAUUGAAUGUGGAAAAGGUUUUUUGUAGUACUUUUCAACCUUGCCCAGGCUUCCUGCAAAGAUUAUAGAGCCACUUUAACAAACACAGCUGUAAAAACAGUCAUUUCCUUACACAAUAAAUGUUAGCUUUUGGUCAUGUUGUUCUAUAACCACUAUAGUGUAUGUGCCCAUAGCAAAAUGGACAUAAGCCUAAUUAAUACAGUUUUUUUUUAUCAGGGAGAGGCUGCGAAAUUGUGUCUUAUGUUAAAUUUUCAGCUCAUUCUGAGAUAAAUACAGCUUUAAAGUACAGCUUUACGUACAUUUUGUGCAACCAUGCUACUUUGUUGUUCUAAAGAUCCGUUUUGAGAUAAUUCGCAGUUCAGCAGUGAGUUUACCUUAAAACACAAUAAGUCUAGACACACAAGCUUAGCCUCAUGAUUUCCAAAAAUAUAAAAGAAAUCAUGUAUGCUAAACUCAGGCAUAAUCAUUUAUAAAUACAGUACUGAUAAAUAGUCAUAUGAGAUAUGUGAGGAGACAGAAUGAAGGUGAAGGUGCCAGUGAUAUAGAUGAAAAUUACAGUAACCUUAGAGUUAAGAAAUUACAGCCUAUUUCAGUCAAUUCAUAUCACUGAUUGUAAUUUCCAUUAUUUUAUUUUAAGCAUUUUCUGGAACACAUUAAACAUUGUUCCUUAGGAGAAUGUUUCCUUUGUUUUAUUUUCAGUGCUAUUUAAAGAUCAUUUAGACUUCCUCCUUUUAGUUGUAAACAAUACAUUCAGUGGUUCAUGAAAAACAGAAGACACAUUUUAAGCCAGAUGGAUGAUUUAGAUGAUUUAACUAGUGAUGAAUAGGGGGAUUAUAAAAAUCGGACUUCUGUUUAGUAUUUUACACCCAGGCAGCUACUGAAGAUGUGUCAUUUCUGUAAAUUGUCUUGUAGCAUAAUAUCCCAAAAUGAUGAACUAAUACCAAGCAGUACAUUGACAGUACCUCCAUACCAACUAUACAUUAACUGCAUCAUUAUUUUUCAUUUCUACCCUUUCAUUUAUCCAUCUAUACAUUCAUCCAUCCAUGCAUUCUUUGUACUGCUUAUCCUACACAUGGUUGCAGAGACACAUAGGACUCAGGGUACGAGUCGUUGGACAGACAGCCAACCCACUGCACUGCAUAAUCACACACCCUGACACACCAUGGACAAUUUAGAGAUGACAAACUGCCUACAGUGUAUGUCAUUGGACAGUGGAGGAAACCCUGAAACACAGGAAGAACAUGCAAACAAAACACACACACAGGGUGGAGGCAGGACUUGAACCUCCAACCCUGUAGGUGAGAGACAAACAUGCUAACCACUGUGAUAUUUCUAUGUUUAUGCUAAUCAAAAUUCCUUUGCACUGCACACAGAGAUUUUGGGAAAAUGGUGCGCUUGUUGGAAGGCUCAUGUCAGUUACAUUACCAUCAAUUCCUGGCAGGUAUAAAAGUGUUCGGCAGACAUAUGUUUAUCACUUCAAGUUCCCCUUCACUUCCAGUAGCACGGUGAUAAACACAGAAGAUUUGUUUUGAUUAGCGAUUGCUUCCUCUUUAUGCUUCCAGAUUCUGUGGAGCUGGACUUCGUUCAAUAUCAUACAUGCAAAAUUACAGAAGGCAUAAACACUGAGCUCUCUCCUAAGCCACACCCUAACAUUUGCAUCUUUUCAAAUGAAUGAAAUUGUAUGGGAGCCCGUUGUCUGCUACUUUUUAAUCUAACAUGUACACAGUUGAAUCUAAAGG